GGUCGUUAGGCCGGCCAUGAGCAGCAGGGAGCAGCAGCCGCGCGGCCGCAAGGAGCGCUCGUCCUUCAUCGUCAUCCCCUUCUCCUCCACCUGCCGCUCCGCCUCCAGCGUCGACGUCGUCCAAUCAAGCAAGCCACAAGGUGCUGGCGCAGGGGAGGUGACCUCGGCGGGAGGCGGCGAGAGGAAGCCGCCGGGGAAGGGCGAGUCGCUGUCGCUGGUGGCGCGGCUGCUGCGCGGGUUCAAGAACCUGUCCCACCAGAUCUUCGCCGUACACGACGAGGAGGAUGAUGAGGAAGAUGAGCAGGAGAUGGUGAUCGGCCUGCCCACGGACGUCAAGCACGUCGCGCACAUCGGCUGGGACGGCAGCACCAGCACCACCACCAGCCUCCGCUCAUGGAACCGCGCCGCCCCUAACCCUCCGCCAGACGCCGCCGCGUCAACCUCAUCAUCAUCCGGCGCAGCUCCUCCGCCGGCGCAGGCGCAGCAGCCGGCGCUCUCGGCCCGGCAGUUCGAGCUCGCCAUGGCCGCGCAGACGUCCGCCGCCGGCACAACCACUGCCGCGUCUGCAAGCACGAGCGGUAGUGGUGGUACCAGCACCGCCCAGCGGCGCCACCGCCACUACAGCUAG